GUCAAAUUUCUCGCUACCAAUGCUCACUGGCAGGUGACCAUGCAGAUCCUACUGUACAUUCAAAGUUCAUUCUUGACCACCUCCGCUCGCUGUCUUGAGACUCAGUCUGGUGUACGCACAUAAUUCGGCCCUCGCUAAAAGUAUUGGAGGGAGUGCUCUUGGUAUUCUGGUUCACUAGCUAUCCCCUCCUACAGGAAGAUUAAACACGAACUGACCUUCAGUGGGUAACCAGAUAGACCACACUCCCAGCGCACCACUCUGUUCCAUCUGCGCCCAACUGGAUUUCCACCAGAUUCUCCUCGACGAUAUCCCACGGAACAAAUCAAUCCCCCUGGGCGGGCGGCGAGAGGAGCUUGCCAGAAUUUAUGAGAAUGGUGGAUGUAGUGUCGAUGGCCGUGGUUCCUGCUCCUCCUGCGUGUCGUUAUGUCGCCCUCAGCUACCUGUGGGGAGGCAUUGGCGCGGAGCAUUGGACGAUGAAGGAUAAUAUAGCAGAGCGCUUCAUACCUGGCGGGUUGAACAUAGCACACUUCCCUGAAACCAUCACAGAUUCCAUUCAACUCGUUCGACAACUUGGCAAACGUUACAUGUGGAUCGACACUCUAUGCAUCAUUCAAGAUGAUCUAGAGGACAAGAUCCAUCAGAAACACGCUAUGGAUUUGAUCUAUGGCGGGUCAUAUUUCACGAUAUAUGCUGCUGGUGGUACGUCCGCUCGAGAUCCUCUCCCAGGAUUUCGUCCACGAACUAGAACGCCACAGCAGCACAUCGCGGUCAUUCAAGGACUUCAUCUCGCCGUGCCUUUACCAGGACCUAUCGAGGCGCUCACUCUAUCCGUGUGGAACACGCGUGGCUGGACCUAUCAAGAGCUCAUGCUCUCCCGCCGAAGAAUAUACUUCACUGGGCAGCAAGUCUAUUUUGAAUGCAGACGAGAUAUCUUCUGCGAAGACGUCGUCGCUGAAAGCAGGCGCCUCGCGUCGUCCACCCAACCUUUACGGUAUAAAGGUGCAGGAAACUUCACCUACCUUCAGAAACCCAUGCGGGUGCUCUUCGAUCAGUACAUCGCGAGUUAUAUGUCUGCCAUCGGGCUGUAUACACGGCGUAACCUUACCGUGGAGUCAGAUAUCGUCGAUGCUAUCACUGCAAUAACAAAUGCCUUGACAAAAAGUUUUGAGCUUGGUGGGGGCAACCCCGCCAGAGCUUUUAACUUUGUAAUGACGUUGACAGACCUCGAGUACGUCCUUGUCUGGCAACAUGAUCCACGCACGCCUCGUGUUCGUCGUUCGAUUACUGGUGAAGACAGUUCACCCUGGCCUUCUUGGGCGUGGGCUGGAUGGCGUGGCGCUGUUCACUACCCGGGGGAAGCUCUGUAUGCCCACUUCGACAGUCAUUCUGACCGACCGAGAGUGACGGAGACGGUUAUCGACCCUUGGUACAUCGUGGAGCAUAAUGGUGAUACAGUGCAGCUUGAUGUUGCGUUCACCGGGCAUUU